UGCCUCGCGGGAACGCGCUUCCCUCACAUACACACUCUCUGAACGCAACAGCUGCAUAGUGAGUGAUUUGCAAACAUUGAAAGCAAGGCAUUUCGUCCGGCUAACAAUUGGCUAACUCAGCUAAUCAGAUUUCCAGUGAGAAGGACAACCAGCGACCGUUUAACAUCCCAUAAACGUUGUUCGUUACUAUAGCGAUUGUUAGCACAGAAUAAAAGUACCUGACGAACUCUGAAUAUAAUGGUAGGUAUGGAGGGUUUUGCCUGUCAGGACAAUUUCUCCGUGUGAAUCAUAAAAAACAACUGAUGGAGUUUAAGCCCAAGCACCUGGCAGGAGCCAACUUCUUUAUGCAGAAGGAUGGAUCAUAGGCGUUUACUGAACGUCAGUGAAAAUAUACUCAUCUGAUGUUCAAUAAAAACCAUUUGGUUCAAAUUCCAUGGAAGGCCCGAGAAUAUUUAUUGGACGUGUCCUCUAUCAGCAUUUCAGAUGAGUGACUCAUACAUCAGAUAACAUUCAACAUAUUUUCUUAAAUAUCUCAUAAACUUAACUUUAUUUAUAUAAAUAAACAUGCCUACCCACUCACUGAUCUCGUAUGUGGAAAGUCCUGAUGGAUUAGGCCAUGACCUCCUUAGCCACAGCAGCGCCAGCAUGCCCGGUGCUGGAUCUAGCAUGACGCCACACGGCAUCUUACCGGAUAAACCUAGCGGUAGCCUACCUCUAGACUGCAUGUUUUGUGAGGAGACCUUCACUCACCACGAUGACCUCGGACCACACCUUCUCUCCCAGCAUCCCACGACGUUCCACGCUCCCGCUGUGCUGCGCGUGGAAGCGGAGUUCCUCACUCCUAGCGACAGGGCUCGUUCCAAGACCUGUCCGAUCGUGGAAAAGACCGAGGAGAUCGGUUGCGUCGUGUGCGGUCAGGCGAUUGCAGAUGCGGCAGAGUUGGAAACUCACAUGAGAAAGCAUAAAGACUCCUUCACCUAUUGUUGUGGCCUCUGUGGACGUCGUUUCAAAGAACCAUGGUUCCUCAAGAACCACAUGAGAACCCACGGUGGAAAGGCUGGGUCGAAAAACAAAAACCAGGAGUCGGAGACUCCAUCCACUAUUAAUGACGUCAUCCAAGACCGCCCCCCAUCACCCGUAGUUACGCCUUACAAAAUGUGCAUGGUGUGCGGUUUCUUAUUCCUCAACAAAGAAGCUCUGGCCGAGCACAGUAAAGUUCACAAUCGCGAACUGGAGGCGGAUGAGAGCAUAUCCGCAGACAGACAGCCUGCUGAGGAGCAACCUGUAUCUCAGGAGGCUUUUUUGCAAACCCUAAAGUUGCAUCCUUCCGGGGGAUUCAAUUCAGAACGGAGUCACCCAUCCGGACGCUGGAUAGCACAGCUCGAUCCUUUCAACACCUACCAGGCCUGGCAGUUGGCCACCAGAGGCAAGAUAGCAGCCGGUCCGAACGUGGCUAAGGAGCUCAACGCGGACUCCAACUCUGAAAAUGAGGACUCCGGUUCGGAGAAGGAGGAACUGGGGGCCAUUUGGGCUUCGAACGGAGAUAAACCCGUCAGGCGAGGUCUGAGAAGUGAACUCAAACCUACUGCCGAGACCCCGUCCCCAACACCAGACCAAAAGAGUCUGAUUCGUAAAGACAAGCCGACGAACUGCGAAGAGUGCGGCAAGAUCUUCCGGACGUACCAUCAGCUGGUUCUCCACUCCAGGAUCCAUAAGAAGGAGAGGGGGGGAGCGGAGAGCCCAACUACACCUGUAGAUGGAAGAGCAUUGAGCGUGGGCUCCUGUAGCAGUUCAUCUCUUGAUCGAGCAGAGGAGUAUUCAGAGGACGGCUCUGAGGAAGGACUGCAAGUCGAUGCCUUUAAUCCAGAUAAAAGUGAAGAUGGGUCUGGUAAAAUGAAGCUGAAAAUUCUUGCUCCAAGAAAAUGCGGUUACUGUGGCAAGACUUUCCGCUCGAACUAUUACCUCAAUAUUCAUCUCAGGACACAUACUGGUGAAAAACCAUACAAAUGUGAAUAUUGCGAUUACGCUGCAGCACAGAAGACCUCUUUGAGAUACCAUCUGGACAGACGUCACAAGGACAAGCCCUUCACCGAGAUCCCAAACAUUCCUGCUAAAAAUCCCAUCAAGGCCGCCGAAUCUCCCAAGAACGUAGAUGACAAACCAGUCUUAAAACCAAACAAACAGUGGCUCGUUCCCAAACCUCUUGCACGUAGUGUUAAACUUGAAUCUGCCAUUAGCCAGCAAGUUAUUACCGUCGCAAGUCCUGCUUUUCAAGUCAAGCAAGAGUAUGCAAGUUCUCCUGCCAUAGCCCCCUAUACCCCAUCCAGUGAGGGCAACCAAAAAUGCCCUUUACCUGUAAACCUAAAGAUGGAGGAAAGCGCAGAGGCUCCACUCAAUCUCUCUCUCAAAGCGUCUUUCUCUGUAUCUGCUACCUCAGUCCCCCGAAACCUGUUACUGACCAAUACAUGUACCUCUUGCUCUUACGAGACCCUCUACCCUGAGGUGCUCCUGAUGCAUAAAAAGCUCGUCCACAAGUUGGACGUUAGAAAGAACGGAUAUAGACCUCAAAAACAGAAACGGUACACCGGCUGCCCCCCGGCUCUCGAAGGCAAAGACGUCACUCCUUUGCCUCAGUUCAACAGGAAGCAUCCUCGUCGGACCAAAUCUCCAUACCACCAGCAGGAGAAACCCCCCGAGAAGACUCUCAAACAUCUUCACAUGCCUAAGAUCUCUCCCGCAAAGGAACGCUGGAAGGAUCAACACAAGGAAGGGCAAAGGAGCAGAGACUCGGACCCACCUUCCGGCAUGUCAUCCAGGAUCUCGGAUCACAUUGUGGAUCCCAAUAGAAAAUUGGUCAUUGACAGAGAGAUCCCCAAACCGAGGCCCAACCUAGACCACGAGGCGGCUGGUCAGAGGGGUAAAAACGGCAUGGUGUGGUCCACCGACCCGAGCAAACUUUACCUGUCAGACCGUUUUCGAAACUUGACGCAAAUGGACGUCGGAGAACCCUCCAGCAAGAGACACAAAUCUUUCGAGCCAUCGCACAUCAUGUCCGGACGGCUCGUCGAGGAUUUCAACCGACUCGUGCCCUCUGGUAGAAAUGUGAAAGCAUCACUGCAGUCUAACUCGCCCCUAGCUCCUGCAAAAGUCACAUCCACGCCCGCUACCAACAGCGUGCCAACCGACUGGAACGUCAUCAACCUACUCCGCUCCUACACGCCCAACAGCCUGACUUCACUGUACCACCCCACUGCUGCGAGUUCAAGCCAUGCUGUCAUGUCUUCACCGGUCUCUGGGAGCAGGUCCGUGAUCUACCCUCAUUACUCGCCCGUCAUGAAUCAGAGGAGAAUCCAGACCAGUCCUAUGAGCAACGAACGCCGUGGACCUUCGGAGAAGAGCUCAUAGAAAUAACCGCGGUAAAUGUCCGAUCUCAUUUCGAAGGCCACGUGCUGCGAUCAUCACCGCUUAUGUGAUUCAUCUCUUUCCGCAGACUUGUAACAAGCUGAGAAAAUGAUAGCGCCAUCACCAAUGCCCUGGGGGAAGGUUUAAGGGAUUUGAUGUUGCUCCAGGUGUGAUUCAUACACUAACAGACACGGUACUGCGGGAUACGGGCAACGGCCUCUGCUUCGGACCUCUCAGGCUCGAGCGCCGUUUCGAUUCAAUUUGCAUUCCAUUACGGCAACGAUUGCACCCGCGGUGCACUUAAAACACACACUCACUCUUGUUUACCGUGUACGCCGGUUGACUUGCGAAUCCGUUUCGGGUCAGCGGGUCGUAAUUGCUUAUAUACUAAUGAAGCCACGAAGCGUGCAAGUGCCUGUAUGUACUUUUAUUAAAAGCCCGAAUGGCUGUAUUAAGUGGACGCCACUGACCAAAUAAACAAGGGGGCGGUGUUGUGUUUCGCUCCUCUAAUUGCGUGAUAUUGUUUAUAUUGUUAAUGUUUAACAUCUUUUUUACACCCUACAGGUCAACUUUAUGCUAUGCAGAGAACGGUAACCUUUGUUGUUGUUGUUAUUCAAAUCUUGUUUUGUAUAAAUUUAGCUGCUGCGUUGCUGUCUCUCAUCGGAGACUCCAGAAGCAAUGGUGACGUACUGUGUACUGUUGUGUAGGUACAUUAAAUAUAAAGAAAUGCAGGGACUGCAUGGAAACUUUUCACUGUGAUGACAAAGACAUUGAAUGAAAUCCUCAGGAUGGACAUUUAACUGUGAUAUUGCUCUGAUGUGGCCGAACAGUUCUGCCAAAUGUGUUAAUUUUCAUUUUUUUUUUACUUAAUAAUCAAGGAUGUGUAUUUAUUGUUUUGCAUCAAUGGGUCAUCAUUUUGUGUGUGCGCGCGCGCGUGUGUUUGGUUCUCUACCGGAGCCUCUGUGUUAUGUUGGCAGAUGCAUGUCAUGGUUUUUCUGUUACUGUCCACGUGCUACAUACUAACUUCCUGGAAGAUGUGUGGCAACCAGAGAGUUAAAUUAUUUUGUAUUAUUUAAGGGGUUUUUCAUUGUGAAGAAGCAUUUGAUCGUGAACAUGUGUUUCCCCUCCUUUUACUGUUAAACUAUUAACUCUGGUUAGUCUGAGUGAAUUGAUGGCUGUCAAUGUCGUUCAAGUCAAAUCCCAAUGCUGCUUUAUGGUGUCGUACCUUCUCUCGUUCUGGUUUAUCUCGGCCCCGUCUCGUGAAAUGUUUCAACACUGAAUUGGGUUUGCGCAAGUAGUUCGGUUUAAAGUGGAGCGACAGCCGCAUGUACAUAUUUGUUUGUUAGCUCAUUUUUUUUCUUCUUGGGGUGUCUUUGGUAUUUUAAUUAUUUUUUCUUUUGCACUUUCACUAACAAUUUUUCUGUUGUUCGUUUUGCUGCAUUAGGUUCUGUCUUUCACAAGCAUGCAAAAAUGAAGCCAAAAUGUAUCCUUCCUCUCUUGUCCAUGUUUCGGUAUGAACGCUGUUAUUUUGGCCUUUAACAGAACGUGAAAUGUGGAUUUCCAGACCUGUGACGGCUGUAUUUCAGGACUCUGGCCCGUUCUAGUGGCAGAAUAAAGCAAUUGUGUACAUUGGAAUGAACGUCAAGUUAUUUGUCUGAUUUCAGUUUCAUCAGAUUGAUCGAGUAGAUAAAAUUUGCCUUUGUGCAAGGUCAUUUUUUGUUUUAUUUUCAUCUAAAAGU